CAAAUCUCACCGUAUGUGCGCGUCUCCAUCUGCGCGCAUCUCCCCAGAUCCACUCUACUCGCUCCACCACGCCGACCCCGACCCGACACCGGCAACCACACGGAUCCACUGUGCUCUCCAUGGCCAUGAAAGGGAACGAUCUUGCGCCGACCUCAACCAGGCUCUCCAUGGAAGGUCCGCGUGGUUCCCUCUCCUGCAUCCCAUGAUCCGGAUGCCGCCACACCAUGGUCGAUGGUCGGGGCCGUCGAAUCCGGAUGCCCGCGCUCUGCGUCGCGUGGAUCUUCUAGAUCACGCGGGAGCUCGACCACAAGUCCGACGGCGAGACCAUGAAGUGGCUGCUAGUACAUGCUUGUCAUGCUCUCCCCUCCACACCCCACCUCGGUAAGACAGCCCCCCACUGCCAGCACUGAUGGAGCCACAGUAAUAGCGGAUCUCAUCCAUGCCUGCCUUUCUUGUUACCGUGGCUAGCACUUGAUUGGCCCGUCCGGUUAAUUGUUAAUUGUUGGACAUGAAUAACCAAAGCAGUUAGAGGCAGAUCGUGCGGGUACAGCGCCUUGGCUGCCGAGAUCAAUGGGGGCAUCCUCGCCGUCGGCAGGCCCAGGCAGCACUGAGUUGUGCUCUGCU